AUGUCGAUGACCCUCGCAACAGUUUCCUGUCCAGCUCUUCUGACUCUCCGUUACCAAAGCUCUCUAGCCGAUUUCGACACAUACCUCUCCUGCACCUUCACGCGGACCUCCAUAUAUUCACUACCGGAUGACCUUCUUCUCCUGAUUAUUAGCUAUGUCGAGUUGAAAGAUAUUUUGGCCCUGCGAAAGACUUCCAAGCGCUUCUACUCCAUGACGAAACUCCGCUGGGUCUGGUACGAUGCCAUGAAACGCCAUGUGAUAGCCAAGGGUCUUCCUGUGCCUGCUGCAGACGUGGAUCUGAGGGUGUUCUCCGCUGAGCACCUCGAAGCCCGUGCUGUCCAUGCUGCCAAGUUCCACGACAACUGGUGCUCUCCCCAGCCCAAACCUAGACAUUCGAUUGAGUUCCAUGCGGAGAGGUGCUUGCCAGACGAAUUACCGCAGGACCUGAAGACAACGGUCAAGCAUGUAUUCUUUCUUCCAGGUCGCAACGGCGAAUUCCUCGUAACCGUGGUCGGCCGUGUGAUUACGUGCUGGGAGGUUCCUCUGGAUGGGUCUGGGGCAUAUAGGGUUGCGGAAUGGGUGAGCAGUAGCAGGGUUGAACAGGCAGUUGUGAACGAAGAUCCCAAGAAUGAGGCGGUACUCACCUUUGUCUCCGAAGUCUCCACUGGGCCUGGCGAGGUAGAACUUACCACGUUGUCUCUCGACAAAUUUCAUGGACAUUUCACGGUGCGCAACAGAAUCCGGGGACAUCGCAACAGCGUACUUCCUUUGCACGUUAUGGAUGGCGACUACGUUAUAUUUGGCGACCCUUUGGUGGUUUGGUUCCGCACGUCUCCGUUGGAUGUCCAAAUCAUUCCGGAGAGAGAAGUCUACCCACUUGUAGGCGACGAGAGCAAUAAAGUCCUAGUUGUCAAGCCCAUUAACCGCUACAUGCUCAUUGUCCGCGAACGCGAGUACCAGCUCGUCUAUUCCCCCAUCUGGAACGGUAAACGUACGGUGUAUGGCCCCGCAAAGGACAUUUCCGCUUGUGUCUUGACGCAGUUCCCUGCCAAAGAUGCCGUAAUCAUCGCGAGAAGUUCAGCGGCCGCCAGUGGCGACGACGAAGUGGAAUGGCCGAACGAGCUUGUUACGAUUCUCAUUCGCUGUUCCGAAGACGGACUCGAUACCAUCCAACAGUUUGACCUGCUUCCCGCUCCCCAGUCAAAGACUGUGCAGACCGAGCCGUCGGAACCGAAGGAGGUCUUCCGCGUUCCGUGCGUCUUCCCGACAGGGUCCACUCGCGUGCUCGUCGUACCGCCGUCCUGCUGCAAACUGAAUGCCGGGUCUAGUGGGAAGGGGUAUUGGAUUCAAACGUGGAACGUCACAUCGCGGCACUCCGAGUACCCUGCGCGCUGUCUGAUGGGCUUCCAUCUGUCCAGCGAAGGGGAGGGGAAGGACGACGCGAUCAAGCUGCAGUACGGCCAGCCUGGGAGCGACCUGAACUUGUGCCAGGGCACAUUAUAUUCCCGCAGAUGCGACAUGAGCGAGAUCAUCUGGAAGAAGUACAUGAUCGUGUCGACGGCCCUGGAAGACACAGUAGGGCGACUUGCGAUCGGAGACAGGACGGGUAAGGUGGAAGUGGUAGAUUUCGUAUGA